AUGGCCAUCGACACUUCGAGCAACCCUGCCAACGGCACAACUCAAUCCGAGAUUGAGUCUACCGCACUCUAUCAGAAUGUCUACAACUACGUUGAGAAAUACAUGUCCCGAUACGAUGCAUCUCAUGACUUCAACCACAUACUGCGAGUCCUUGAGCUGUCCAAACGCAUCUUAGCCGAAGAGCUCAAGACCAAUCCGACCAAGCGGCUGCGAAAGGAUGCCGUGGUGCUUGGAGCUCUGCUUCACGAUGUCGGAGACAAGAAAUACACGCAACCUGGAGAGAAUUCAGAACAGCUGGUUUCCAAUCUGCUGACCAAAAACGGCUGCUCUCCAAUAUUUGUGGCAAAAAUUGCCAUGAUAGUAGAGAAUGUCUCGUACAGCAAUGAGACCAAGCGACCCCAGCUGGUCAAAGCUAUCAUCGCAUCGCAUCCAGAACUCGCGAUUGUACAGGAUGCGGACCGUCUUGAUGCCAUCGGCGCUGUUGGAAUUGGCAGAGUCUUUGCUUUUGGAGCGGUGAAGGGAGCAGAUCGCGGGUUGCAAGGCAGCAUUGAUCACUUCGAUGAUAAGCUUUUGAAGCUGGAGAACAUGAUGAAGACGGAGACCGGAAGACGACUUGCUCGUGAGAGAACGGAAAGGUUAAGGCAGUUCAAGGAGUGGUGGAACGAAGAGAACGAGAUGCUCGCGCAGUAG